AUGGUGGUGCCCCCAUACGCCGAAGUCGGGUGCCGCAUCGAGACCACCGACGGCGCCAGGGCGGUGGUGCGAUACGUCGGUCCCGUGGAGGCACAAGACGGCAUCUGGAUCGGGGUGGAGUGGGACGACCCCACGAGGGGCAAGCACGACGGAUCCCACGGCGGUAAGCGGUACUUCGAGUGCACGGCGUCAUCCGAGGACGGCGCCACCCCGGGAUCCUUCGUCCGCCCGCACAAGAUCCGACCCAGCGUCACGUUCCGCGAGGCCAUCGCGACGAAGUACCUCGACGGCAAGCUUCCCGUCGCGUCCGGCGCGACCGGCGGGGACGGCGGCGACGACGAGGAGAACGACGAGGGCAUGUUCGUCAAGUCGUCGAACGGGCAGAAGAUCGAGAUCCAGCUGUGCCUCAAGAAGGAGGACCCCAACGCGGUGCUCGGCACCCUCGACAGGGUCUACCUCCCCGACGCAGCCAUCCACACGGCGGGCGAGCCCGGCGACGCGGCGUCUUGCGGCUUGCCCGCCGCGAAGGUGCGAAUCCUCGACCUGGCCGGCAACCUGAUGAGGGACUGGAACGCGGUCGCGGCGUUCGGACCCGAGUUUCCCGCGCUGCGCGUCCUGGACAUCACCGGGGUGAGGGCGUCGUGGCCGUCGAUCCCGCCCCCGGGCCCUUCGCCGUUUCCGAACCUCUCCGUCCUCGUGAUGAACAGGUCCGGGGCGUCGUGGCGCGAGGCGACCGCCAUCUUGGGCACAUGCCCGGCCCUGAGGGAAUUGAGCCUCGCGGACUGCGGCAUCUCGCGCCUGGGCGAGGGCGACCUGGGUACAUUCGGUGACCUCGCGGCGCUCGCGGGUCUAGAGGCUCUCAACCUGGAGCGCAACGCGAUGGAGGAGUGGUCCGAGGUGGAGAAACUCGCGUCGCUCCCGUCGCUGGAGCGGCUGCACCUGGGGGGCAACAAACUGAGACGCGUGAGGUACCCCGCGCACGUCGCGAAACCCGGGGGACCGGUGCCCUUCGAGCGGCUCAGGGCGCUCCUGCUCGCCGAUAACGCAAUCGACGACUGGGACAGCGUGGACGCGCUGAACGAUUUCCCAUCCGUCGCGGAGGUGAGGCUGACGGGGAACCCGGUGACGGAGAGCGCGGCGACGCGGCACGAGAUCGUCGCGCGAGUGGCCAGGCUCUCGCAGCUCAACGGGAGCCUCAUCGCGGACCAGGAGAGGAAGGAUGCGGAGAUCCGGUACCUGCGACGGGUGCUCGGGCUGGUCAAGAGCGCGGAGGGCGCCGAGGGCGCGGCGGGAGGGGAGGCCGAGGGCGCGGCGGCUCGGGCGCCGCAGCGGGGCACCGAGGCUGUGCAGGCGAUGCAUCCCCGUUUGAAGGCGCUGGUGGACUCCUACGGCGAGUUGUCCACGCACGCCGCCAAGGGACCGGGCACGGGCAAGAUGGGCGAGGACAUGCUCGAGCUCACGCUCGUGUGCGUCGCGGCGUCGGCGGGGGAGAAGGCGCCCCAGAAGAAGAAGGUCCCGAUGACGAUCACGGUCGGUAAGCUCAAGCUGUUGUGCGAGAAGCUGUUCAAGGUGAAGGUCGAUGCGCAGCAGCUGUACUACAAGGAGCCGUUCAUGGGCAUGCCCGAGCUGUUGGAGCCGGACGACUACGACAUAUCCUACCUGGGCGUGAGGGACGGCUCGAGCAUCCUGGUCGAGGAGAAGGCUUGAGAAGUUCUUUGUAGCCCUUAGCUGGCGUAUUUCAACAUAACGUAUGUCAACAUGUC